AUGUCCGACGUGAGUAGACUGGACGGGCUAGAACAAGUGAGAAGUAUUAAUAUGCUAACAAGUACCCAGUAUAAGCGUAGGAAAGUUGAUGAACAAAACAUCCAUGAACAACAACAAGAUGAAAAAAUAUUGGAAUAUAUUAAGAAUGCUCAAGUAGAGGAUUUGAAACCAGAACAGUAUGAUUUGGAAUGGCUGGAGAAUCUUUCAAAACAGUUGAAACUUGCAAUAAAGGAAAACUCAUCGGUCCACUCAGAAGUUCAUUUGAAUGAAUUAAUCAAACAAAUAUCCAAUAUAACACUUGCAGAAUUACCUUUAUAUAAUGAUUUCAUUAGAUUGAAUCAAGAUUCAUUUCAAGAAUUAAUAUCACAUCCAAAUCAUGAUAUAAUAAAUCAAUUCAUAAAAGUAUUUAAUGAUCUUAUAGACUCAGAAUAUGAAGAUGAUCAAUCUGAAUUAUUGAAAUAUUUAUCACAACAUCAAAUAAUAAAUUUUUUAUCAAAUUAUUUAUCAGAAAUUUCCUCUACUGUAACAACUUUGGAUCAACAACAACAACAACAAUUACAAGAUAUCCAAGAUGUUCAAAUAACAAUAUUAACUAUAUUUAAUGAACUAACAAAUUAUGAGGAUACAAAUUUAAAGAAUGAUCUUAUAAAACAAGAUGAUUUUAUACAAUUUUUAAUCAAUACUAUACGUCAGGUACGUAAAAUUGAUGAAAUUACAUAUUAUCGAGAAUUAAUCAAUGAUUAUCUUUAUAAAUUAAGUUCAUGGGAUCCAAUACGGUUUAUUUCAAAACAUGGGUUUUAUAUUGAAGUUAUGUUGAUUCAAUUAUCAUUUUUCACAAAUCAAGAACCUGAAGAUGGUUCAACUCAAGAAAAUUUUAUUGAAACUGGUAUACAAAUUUUAUCAAAUUUAGUAUCGAAUAAAUCAGGUCGUGAAUUAUUUUUAACAAAUGAAGGAUUUGAAUUAUUAUUAAUAUUAAUUAAAAAUGGUGAUUGGGGGUUUAAAACUUUUAUUAAAAUUUCAAAUUAUUUAAUUGAAUCAAUAAAUGAUUCAAAUAAUGUUGAUUUAUCAAGUUUAAUAAUUGAUUCAAAUUAUUUCUUAAAUCAUGUUUUCAAAAAUUUAAAUAAAUUCAAAAAUGAUCGUGAUGUUAUUUAUCAAAUAUUGAAAAUUUUAGUUAAAUUAAUAAUUUUUUUACCAUUUAAUUCAGAUCAAAGAAUAAGAUUAAUAAAUAAAUUAAUUAAUAAGAAUUAUAAAUCUCUUAAUGUUAUUUUGAAAAUAGAAACUAAAUAUGAUCAAAAUGUUUCUAAAUUAGAUAUAAAAGCUUCAGAAUCAAAUGAUACAGUAUAUUCAUUUGAUGAAUUAUAUAUUGAUAAGAUUGAAAAUGGGUUAGAUAUUUUACAACAAAUUAGUAUAUUUAAAUCAUGGUUAUUAAUUGAAGAUGAUAAAUUGAAAAAUGAUAUGAUUCAUAUGAAAUAUUUUAAUUUAGAUAAAUUAAGAAAUAUACUUACAGGUUAUAAAGAUGAAUUAAAAUUUAAUAUUGAAAAUACAACGAAUCAAGAUUUAAAGAAUGAAUUUUUUGAAUAUACCACCAUGAUUAACGAACUAUUGGCUAACCUAUAUACAUGA